AUGGACGAGUGUGGUGCUGCAGUCGAAUAUAUAUUAAAAUAUGGGGGCCGUCGUCCCCUGCUAGGAUCUGAAGACGGACUCAUCGAACUUAUUUACGAGAAGCGCAUCCGGAAGGAGAACGUCAAUCGUGCAAGGACCGCGCCGACAGCAAUUCAGCUCUUUCAAGCUAGCCGUACUGCUGAAGAGCACGAGGACGAUCCUGACCCGUGGGUACACAACUUCAUGGUCCGCAACAACUUUACGUUUCCGAAGCGCACGAACUUGACAACGCAGACUAAUGAAGUUAUGGUUGAUCUUAACUACGAGUUCGGGAGUUAA